UCCAAAAACAAGAAAGAAGGUCAACAGACCAAGAUGGCAGCCCGCUGCGUCCUAGGGUCCAUUCGGACAUCCUUUUCGGAAAUAAGACAGGUGGUCAACGUUGGCAGUUUUAGUUAUUUAACUAGAGCAUGUAUUCCUCAGCUCUCGUUUUUUGGAAACACUCAGUGCAGAGGGAUCCGGCAAGUGGUGGAAAAGCAAGAGGGUAAAACAAUAACAAUUGAGGGACACACCGUGGAUGUGGCAGCAGCACCAGAGCCUCCAAACCCUGCUGCCAAAUGCCCCAUCUACAGGUGGAACCUGCAGAACAAAUACGACUACACGGACGUGCUGCUGCUGAGCCAGUUCAUCCGCUCUGACGGAGGGAUGCUCCCCAAGAGGAUCACCGGCCUGUGCCCCGAGGAGCACCACAAGGUGGAGAUCUGCGUGAAGAUGGCCCACCGAGCGGGCCUGCUCCCUGACCACAAACCCAAGCUGCCCGAGGACCAUGUACCGAGGAAACCUAAGCCCCAGCUCAACAGGUACCUCACCCGCUGGUCCAUAGGCUCGGUGAAGCCCUUCGUCAGAACCGGUCUCAAAUGGUGCAAGAGGCGCAUGCCGGUCGGCGACCCCGCGCUCAAGAACAACGUACAGUACGGCGUCAGACCCGUCUAUUUGAAACACUGACGAGACAGAAUUCUAAUCGACCACUCCCAGGACCAGCUUCGAGACCGUAGCAUGAAGCACUCUUCAUUGUGUGAUUGUUUCAGUCUCUCUCAAAGUCCCACGGCAGAAUAUUUUUUUUCAUAGGGAAAACCCAGUGUCUGGCCAAUCACAGCCAUGGGGAGAAGGUUGAAAGGGUUCUGCAUCUGUAUUUAUUCAGCCUCUUCUCUUUCUUUAUAUUUUCUGGUUGUGUUUUGUUUAUCAAGGGGCCUCGCCCGGGGAGUGAAUGAAUCAUGCCGAGCCCCACCCAGAAUAAUUGAUUUAGAGUAAUUUGUCUUUCGAGAGGCUUUGAAAUGAACUCUGGACUCUAAAUUCACUGAGAUGGCUUUUAUGUGCACAGUAAGGUGGUGGUGUGUUGACUGUGUGUACGCCAAGCCGAUCCAGAUGUGCAAAUAAAAUGCGUCCGUUUACGUUUA